UACAGGAUGUUGCAUUUAAAAAGUAGUAACUUUGGGUCAAAUCUUAGAAACCCUGAUCCAAAAAAUUUUAAGCUACUGGAUUCUACGUAAAAAUUUCUAUCUUACAUGGGUAGUAAGCGCCGACAUUCCAAAAAGUCAAACUUUUCGUUUUCACCUCGUGUCUGAGAAGCCAGCAGAGGAGACAGAGAUCAGAUCUUCGCAACAACCUAGCAGCAAACCUUCACCAACCACCAAGCAAAUUCAGAUAUUUAUUUCUUUGGGUCAUCUAAAACAGUGAUUCUCAACCGGUGGGUUGCCACCCCACUGGAGGUUGGCAGAACGCGAUUUACCAAAUACCCACUCAACCUAAAAAGAGGGUGGCAGUGUCUAAAAGGUUGAGAACCACUGUUCUAAAAUAUCCUAAAUUUACUUUGAAUUUCCUCUGAUCGCUUUCGAUUUUCUCAGAGCUCUCCGGAUAAUUCUUGAAUUAUCUUCCUUGGGUUCCAUUUGUUUUUGGAGCAUAUGAUUUAUGAACUAGACAGUUUGUGCGUGAGAUACUGGAUAAAGUAGGCGUGUACCUACCACAUGUGACCCCUUAGUUGAAGGUUUUUUCGAAAUUGCAGCUUAAUAAUUCGCUCUGCCUACCUAGUUUUUGUGAACAAAUGAAUACAUGCGUAAACCUAAAUCGAUAACUUAUCAAAAAAAAAUCUAAUUUGUACGAUUGAUGUUUGUGUAUGAUUCCAUUCGUAUGAUAAGAGAUGAUAAGCGUCCUCCAUUUAGAAAUACACGCCUUUCCCGUUUCAGAACUGAUCCUAAGGCAACACGACGAUAUAAUGUCGCACCACAGUGACGAUAAUAUGCUAAUACCAACGAGCGAUUCGUUUUGGGAGCCGGGCAACUACAAAAAGACGACGAAACGCAUCGAGGACGGUUACAAAUUGUGCGGCGACCUAAUAACGCUCGUCAACGAGAGGGCCGAGAUCGAAAAGGGCUACGCGAAAAAUUUGAAAGCGUGGUCGAAGAAGUGGAACGAUCUCAUCGAGAAGGGUCCCGAGUACGGUACGACGGAGGCGGCGUGGAAGGGCGUGCUCGGAGAGGCCGAUAGGCGGUGUGAUGUGCAUAAUAAAGUUAAGGAUAAUUUGUGUAAUGAAAUCAUUCCCAAAGUUAAGAAUUGGCAGAAGGAAACUUAUCAUAAGUCAAUGAUACACAUCAAAGAGAGAAAAGACAUGGAAGACGCAUUUAAAAAAGCUCAAAAACCAUGGGCGAAACUACUGCAGAAAGUCGAGAAAACGAGAAGUGACUAUCACACAGCGUGUAAAACAGAAAAAUCGGCGACAAACCAGGAGCGCAACGCCUCUGGAGACACCUCCGUUUCGCCGGAUCAGAAGAAUGUUCUGGUAAGGAAAAUGCAAGAUCGAGUGCAAAAAUCGAAGGAGGAAGUACAGAAGACCAAAGAAAAGUACGAGGCAGCUCUACAGGAGAUAAACAACUACAAUCCGAAGUACAUGGAGGACAUGACCGUAGUAUUCGACAAAUGCCAGGACAUGGAGACGGACAGGUUGAAGUUUAUUAAAUCAGUAUUAUUCGACGUUCACAAACAUUUAAAUAUAUCGCAGGAUCCCACGUUGCCGCAGAUAUACGAAGAACUAUAUCACACUAUUAAUAAUGCGGAUUACGAAAAGGACCUGAAAUGGUGGUCCAAUAAUUACGGUGUGAAUAUGGCUAUGAAUUGGCCGCAGUUCGAGGAUUAUACGGAAGAGUUGCGAGACAUACACAAGGGUAAAUCGAAGGAGUCGGUGCCAUCUGGUAUUAUGUUAAUUAAUCAGCGGCCGGUGGGAGAGGAUUCGCAUGAUUAUAGUUCGGCAGUUAACAAAGCAGCAAAAGGCAAACCGCCAGUAAAUAACACAGAAGUACGAGAGGAAAAGUUGGAAACGACCGCCAAACUAAUAGAAAAAGUCGAAAGUCCUUCAAAUCGUAACUCGACAAUCACGAACGGAACGACGGGUAAGAGCGAGGCGAAUCCUUUCGAAGAAGAGGAGUGGGAUGAUAAUGACGCGCUGGUUGAUACGGGCGAACCGGGUGUACCUGUCAAGGCCCUAUACGAUUAUGAAGGCGCCGAGAACGACGAGCUCAGUUUUAAAACUGGUGAUGUCUUUGAAAAGUUAGAAGACGAAGACGAGCAGGGGUGGUGUAAGGGAAGAAAAGACGGUCGUGUCGGUCUCUAUCCGGCGAACUAUGUCGAGCCGGCUUCGCAUUGAUUUGUAUAUUUUUAUUUUUUAAAGAGGAAAAUUACAUUUUUAUUUCUUGAGCGGGCGAGGUUUGUGGGGAGUUUAUACGUAAACAGCAGACUUUUAAAAAACUGAACGGUGCGUUUAUCCUAUGGAUUAUAACAAUCGGUUUUCUCUUCAGGCGUUAUUUAUAACUCGGUAUUGUAUUUGUUGAAGAAUCGGAUGUGGUUACAUAAAUGUAUCGUUAGCUGUAAUAUAUAACAUAAUUACGUGUAUGUUUUGAUAGGCCUAACUGUUUAGAUGCUCUAUGUAUAUACAUAAAAACAUAAUCAGAACACUUCCAGAGGUAUAUGAUAGUAUCAUAAUUAUGUUGCGUAGAAUAAUCGUGUAAAUUAUUAAGCUUUAUAUUAGUAAUAAGCAAUAACUUAAGAGUAGAGGUACCGUGUACAUAUAAUAUAAAUACAUACACAUAAUAUUGCAAUAUGCUCACUAUGCAGAUUUGAUGUAUUGCUAAUUUUACAUGAAAUGUUAAUAUUGUGACAAUUUACAAUUUAUUUGAUUAACGCAGUAAAUGAGAUCCUUUUGUUUGUUUAAGUACUGUUUAUUCAGUAGGACAAAUAAAUGGAAAUUGUUGACCAUUUA